UAAACGUCAUUUCAUUUCCGCUUGUCGCUUGUCGUCUCUGAAAUCGGUAUCCGACUAGAAUACGACAACGAGUGAUUUUAAAAUAAAAUUAUUGAGAUUAUAUCCUCAAGUAAUUGAUACUGCUGAAGUUAAAAAAAUAAAUCGUAGACUCUUUUGGAAAACAUUGUUAUGAGCCUGUGAUUCAGUUCUUCCCUGCAAUGAGGAUUACUAAUUUGAGACGUGGACGAAUAGCCCGUAUAGCGGCGGCUGCAGCGAUAUGUUUGAUGUUGGUUUACGCUCUACACAAGUAUUCCAAAGAAUCAGAAAGUGUUUCAAGUUCAGAUGUACACUUGGUUCAGUCUGAAAUCGUGUCAGCCUACAAGUAUCAUGCUGAUGUGUAUCCUAAACUACUUAACGAGGAUGGCAAUUUUGAACCGAAGCCACUUAAGCCUGUUGUUGGCAAUGGAGAGGGUGGUCAGCCAUACCAUAUGCCAGAAAUUAUGGCCAAUGAUGUGGCUGAGUCUGAAAGUCAAUAUGGCAUGAACAUAGCUGCAUCUGAUAAGAUUGCCAUGAACAGGACCAUUCUAGACACAAGAAUGGAAGAAUGUAAAUUCUGGCACUAUCCAGAGAACCUUCCCAAAACUUCUGUGAUAAUUGUCUUCCAUAAUGAGGGCUUCUCUGUACUUAUGAGAACAGUCCAUUCUGUGUUCAACCGAUCUCCGCCACAGUUCUUGCAUGAGGUGGUAUUGGUGGACGACUAUUCCGACAAAGACGACUUGAAAGAAAAGCUUGACAAGUACAUUAAGAGAUGGAAUGGAAAAGUCCGCGUGAUUCGUAAUGAGAAACGGGAGGGCUUAAUCAGGACUCGAUCUCGCGGCGCCUCGGAGGCUACUGGGGAAGUAAUCGUCUUCCUGGAUGCCCACUGCGAGGUCAACUUAAACUGGCUUCCACCACUUCUAGCUCCCAUCUACAGAGACCCCAAGAUAAUGACGGUCCCAGUGAUUGACGGCAUCGACCAUAGAACAUUCGAGUACCGACCGGUUUAUCAAGCUGGGGCGAAUUACAGAGGCAUAUUUGAGUGGGGAAUGCUGUACAAAGAAAACGAGGUGCCUAGUCGGGAAAGCAAGAAGCACGAGCAUAAAUCAGAGCCAUAUAAAAGUCCGACACACGCGGGAGGUCUGUUCGCUAUGAACAGGAAAUACUUCCUGGAGCUGGGAGCGUACGACCCUGGUCUUCUAGUCUGGGGAGGGGAGAACUUUGAGCUCAGUUUCAAGAUCUGGCAGUGCGGGGGCAGCAUCGAGUGGGUGCCGUGCUCGAGGGUCGGCCACGUCUACCGCGCCUUCAUGCCCUACUCAUUCGGCGAUUUAGCACGAAACAAAAAGGGGUCGCUGAUCACUAUAAACUACAAGCGGGUGAUCGAAACGUGGUUUGACGAGGAGCAUAAACAAUACUUCUAUACUAGAGAGCCGAUGGCCCGGUUCCUAGAUAUGGGGGAUAUUUCCAAGCAAGUUGAGUUGAAGAACAGAUUGAACUGCAAAGGUUUUGACUGGUUUAUGAAGGAGGUGGCGUAUGAUGUGUACGACAAGUUCCCGAAGCUGCCGCCGAAUGUCAAGUGGGGAAUGGUGAAGAAUAAGGCGACCAGUGCGUGCCUUGAUACCUUGGGGAGAGGUGCACCGUCUUAUAUCGCAACAUCAGCGUGCCACGGCGUCGGCGGCAACCAGAUCUUCCGGCUCAACUCGGCGGGGCAACUCGGGGUCGGCGAGCGCUGCGUGGAAGCUGAUGCGGAUAGCGUCAAGCAGGCUGUGUGCCGCCUCGGCACUGUUGACGGGCCUUGGAGCUACGACGAUGCGGAGUCUCACAUCAUCCACCGGCUGCACGGGCACUGCCUCACUAUGCACGCCACCACCAAGGCGCUGGGCCUGCGCCCGUGCGACCCCCACAACCUGUACCAGCAGUGGACCAUCACGCACAAGAAGCCCAACUGGUGAGACGCGGUGAACUCGACUGUACACGUAGCGGUGAUCUGUGGCGGUUGUACCAGGUUGCAUGUACCGAGUAGAGUAGUGAGACAGUGUCCUCGGCCGAGCAAUCGGUCAAUUGCAAGCCGUUCAUUGGUCGAGGAUCGGCCGAGGAUACUGUCUCGCCACUCUACUCAGUAGGUGUAACCAGGGUAUUAGGAGGCUUGUUACACUGUGCUUUUGAUAGUGAAAGACUGGAUCGCGCAAUGUUAAGUGCGAGUGAUUAGUAUAUGUACAUUGCUGGGUAGGUAGAAAUAGAUACAAAAGUUAUGCAAAUAAUUAUACAACAAGCCCAGCAAUGUACUCCUACUUAGCACUCGCACUACACAGUGUGUGAAUGUCCUAUCCACUUGCUUCACUAUGAAUGUAGUAUGUAGAUAGGGACAUAGGACCUUUUAUAUAAUAUAUUUUAUUCGGUUCACUAGAUAGUAGAUAGGGCCUACCAAUAGGGCUCACUAUCAGUAGCGUAGUGUAAUAGACCUCUAAGAAAGAUUUGGAGUAAUCUGAAUCUCUGUUUGUGUGUAAAUGUCCUAAAUAUCCUAUUGGCUGAUAUUAAUUGAUUGAGUCUUAUUUUUGUUUGUUAUUUUAAUAUAGAAUUUAUAUAAUUAAGUUAAAGAUUCCAUCAUUGAUAAAUUUAAUGAUGAUGAUAAAAAUGUAAGUAAUAUUUUUGCACCAACCAAAUAUUGAUUACAAAACAAAUUUUGAUAGCUAGUUUAUGCAUUAAUAUUAGACUGAGAAUUAAUACGAUUUAAGUGCGAGAUUGUACUUAAUUAACAUACACUUUCGGGGUUUUCGCUGUUGUAGGUAUUUUUCUUCAAAACGCCCUACGCCCCAUUACGUCCAUAGCGCAUUUAGUUUUUUAUUUUCGGAUAUUCUUGUAUAAUUUAAAUUAUUAUUUGAAGUAAGCUGGUCUUAUGUAUGUCCAAGUUUCAUCCAGUAGGAAUACACCAUAACGGAAAGGUGCCUUAAAUUAAGGAGACCAGCGGAUAAUAAAAAAAUAUUAAUUAGUUGUAGGCAUUUUGAUAUUUUUAUGGAGUGCCAAAUGGAUUGUAUAAUAAUAAUGUAAACGGGGCGGCACUUGCAGGCAUAUCAUUUUUUAGCUAUACCUAAACCUACCUAACCUUACCAUAAUAUCUACCGACUAAAAUCUAUAAAACGAUCCCAUUGUUUUUUAAGUAGGUACUACAUAAAUUUUAAAUGAUUCAUGAACAGUUGAAAGUUGUCUUGGGGUUAGAUAAGUACAGCAAUAGUGAUAUAGUUUGAGGCAAUAUUUUCAUGCAUUUUUAGACCGAUGGAAACGAGCGCGUGAAUUUUAUAAGUUGGGGUGUCAUACAAUCGAUCGGUAGGUAGGUUUCAAAGAGAUUUUAUAGCUAUCGUAAAGCUUCGUCCUCCAGUUGGUAUUAUAUUUGCUUUAAUCAUUGCUGGGUGCCGGAUGUAUAACGAAUAUUACAUGCAAAUUUUAAAAAAAACUAGGUACUUAUACGCAAACGUAAAGUUAUCUUGCUUUCUCGAUAGUAAGGGAGACACUAAUGUCUAAUUGGUUUUAUAAAUAUUAUAAUAAAAUUAGCGGGCACAAACAAUAUUACAAAUGUAUAAAUUAUAGUAAGUAUAUUUUGCAUUUAACACCUGCCUAUCUACAUAUUAAAACAUUCCAUUAUAAUUAUUUUAAGUUCAAAAGUAAUGCACGUAAGUAGGUAUACCUACAGGCUACCUAAAUAAACUGGGCUACUAAUUCAGUACGUUAGGUACUUAUUUGACUACACGAAACUAAACUGUACCAAUAGUUAGGUGAAAUCCUAUGGAUCCUGUGCCUUCCUAGGUACUUGUCUAAGCUUCCCAGUUAAUGAUAAAUAAGACGUAGCUUGUAUAGUAGCUAAGGUACUACUACUACAUUUUAUUGCAACACCCUGUAUGGUUUAUUCAGUUUAAUGAAUUUAACAAUGUUUUACUUAUUGCCUAUCUUAAUAGAAACUUUUUCUCGGACCCGUGUCCGUUAGCCAAGUUUUAACAUUUAAAGGUAUUUUAAAAUUAUACGUACAUGUUUAGGUAUAAGUAGACGAUAAUUGAAAAAAAAUGUUGUUUCAUCGCAAGUACCUAUGAUAUUAACCAUCUUGAUCUACUUAUAACUUUUUUACAGGUUGUCACUGCUAGAUCCAUUUGUGGAUUUAAUUAAACUUAAUUAAUUCACCAUACGAUACUUCUUUGUCCUUGACGAACAUUUGGUCGUGAGUAUCUGAGCUGCUUCUUACUGAAACUGCCUUAUUAGGUAUUUACAUUGCCUUAAAGUAUGUAAAAAUCUUACUAUACGCUAUAUUGCUUGAAUGAUCAGAGUUCACGACGACUAAGUCACAGGAUCCAUGAUAGUCAGUAGGUAAUAUUUAGCGGUAUACGAUACAGGGUGUAAAUGACAUGCUCCCGAACACUGAAACCACGUGAUCUACUGGUCAAAUUGAACAAAUUUCCCCAGUUUGACCAGUAGAGCACGUGGUUUCAGUUUUCGGGAGCAUGUCAUUUACACCCUGUAUAUUAUGCUAAUUUUCGUUUAGCCAUGGUUUGACUGAUUACUCCACAUCUAGAAAUUAUUAUUUUAUGAAAUAGUUAUUUAUGUAUUGGCGUUUGUCUACCUACAUAUUUAACGUAGUUCGAAUUUAAAAAUAUAAGUCGGUCUUACAUAGUAGAAAUCAAUUUAACUAGCGCCAUUCUCGAAAGUGUAAACUAAUGUAAUUAAGGUGGACUGAACCUAAAUGCCAUCUUGACGACAUAGUAGGUAGGUAGGUAUUGUAUAGAUUUGAAUUCUUAUUUUGCAUUAAAAAGUACGUAACUGCCGUUAGAUUUUAUAGAUAGUUAGGUUAUUAAUAAUUAUGAAUGUUUAAUUUCUCCUAUUUAUUAUGAUAAACACAAAAUGUAAGUACCUAUUCGUAUGUAUGUAUAUGAGUUAAUUUCAUGUAUUAUUGGUCUUUAAUUUUCAAACUUUUAUGUUUUUCUAUGUCUGUGAUCUAAUAUCUGAGAAUUUCUAUAACAAAUGAUGUGAAUAAUUAAUAAAUACAUAUUUAUUGUUA